AUGCUGCUCGAACAAGGCAAUGACCAGCGGGCUCCCAGUACCCAGCAUCCAUUGCACGAGUAUGAGCCAAAUGAAAAGCACGACUACAUUCAGACAGCGGCCGAGAAGGGCUUGCAGGAUGGUCGAAUCUCGAUCUCGAUCUCGAACCUAGACUCUAUACUGAGUAUUGCUCUAAACGACUUGAGAACAGGAGACCACUCUCUAUCCGAAUAUGCAACCGAUCGAGCGACGAUACAGGCAUUGUCCUUGUACAGAGAGACCACGGAAAAGGGAUUACUCGUUUUGAUGGGCAAGUCCUCUUCAAUCCAUAACAGCCAGCGCUGGCAAGACGCGCUGGACUACUGCCGAGCGGUCAUUGAGCAGCCACAGGACUCGACUGAGCGAGCAACCGGUACUUGGAGCAGAUCAUGCUCUCCACUUGUCAACUACAUGAAGGCAAGAUUUAGUCCGGGCGUCAUCGAGGCUGCACGUCGGGGGUGCGCAGCUAUUAUUGACGAUCACUACGGUGGCGACCCUUUGAGCAUUGCCCACGUCGACAAGAAAGCAAACACGGCUCAACAUCGCUCGGAGCAGAAAGUCGGGCUCCCCUAUCUCCCGAGCACAAGCCUGCUUAAUCUACUUUCAUAUGAGAUGGUCGCUCUGUGCUGUGCCGUGGCUGUAUCCGCGUGGCUACCACCCAAGGAGGCCGUGACAAAGGCUCCGAUUGCACAUCUUGCUGUUGCCGACGACUAUCACGCAUUCACAAAGAAGGAGACGAUGGCGCGGGCCCGCCUCGUUGCUCAUGCGGUGGGUGUAGUUGCCGAGCUCGGCGUCGAGGCCGCCUGCCUUCUAACCGACGGGUCUGCGCUCCAAGAGUCUGGCACGGGCAACCAGAUGACGGUAGAAGCGGUGCUGCACUGGCGUGCAGUUGGUGGGUGUACGAGCCCGUACAGCUGCUACCAUUGGAACCCGGAGGGGCCACGAAGCUUGGAGAACGGCACCGUGAUGCCCAUCAUCAUCAUGGCAAUGCACGACCUCUUGGACUGGAGGAGCGACACCGCUGCGGGCAACCAUGAAAACGGGGUUUCUGCCCUGUAUGGGCUGGGCGAGGUCAACGACCCGCACCAUGUGUACCUGGAGGGAAUGCUGCGCAAGGCCAAUACCCACCCUAUGUCGGGAGCUUACGCGCUGGCAGCAAUCGUCUUCCUGCAUUAUACCUCGGUUCGCUACGGCUCGUACCGGCCCAAGGGCAAGGGCGCGCCUUGCGGUCCUUGUUCAGUCUGUGAGAAGCUCCUGAAGGAGAUUACCCUUGAAGCCGGACUGCAAUGGGCUCCCGCUCCGCCACCGAGAACCUUUGCUGCCUCGGAGUAUUUCCGGGGCCUGGCAAAGAGGGUGGUGGAUAGGUUCGAGGAACUGCCAUUGGCGCAGUAUGGGAUCAGUUGGUUCCAGUACCUUGUCAUCUCCGGCGAGAUUCAUGUUUUUGAUGCUCUGGUCAAGAUUGACCAACUCGAUUGCGGUGCAGAUUGGGCCUAA